AUGGAGCCAGGACCGCCCGGGGACAACAGGACCUGGCCUGCUCUCACCCGCCUCUCCAUCUCUCCGCACUUCUCUGCCUCCCUGCAGGUGACCGUGUGCUGGGCGGAGGAGGCGCCGGGCCGCACCAAGCGCUCCCUGUCUCCCCAGGCCGAGCACGCCGGCAUCCGCACCUACUUCUUCAGCGCCGAGAACACCGAGGAGCAGGAAUCCUGGAUUCAAGCCAUGGGCGAAGCGGCCCGGGUGCAGAUCCCACCGGCGCAGAGGCAUGAGAAGAAGGAUGAACUUUUAGACCUUCAGUUGCAAAGAAACCUAGAGUAUUUGGACCAGCAGAUGAGCGAGAGCGAGACCCUGAUCAGUAUGGUGAACAGGAUGGUGGAGAGCUCUUCCCCUAGGGCUCAGCUCUACAUGCAAGUGACACCCUUCCCAGAAGCCUACAGGGAGACUCUGCACACCUACAAGAUAAGCGAGCAAGACACAGACAAGCUCCUGGGGAAGCUCUGCGAGCAGAACAAGGUGCUGCGGGAGCAGGAGCGGCUGGUGCAGCAGCUCCGCGCUGAGAAGGAGAGUCUGGAGAGUGCCCUCAUGGGGACGCACCAGGAGCUGGAGAUGUUUGGGAGCCAGCCGGCCUACCCGGAGAAGCUGCUGCACAAGAAGGAGUCGCUCCAGAACCAGCUCAUCAACAUCCGCGUGGAGCUGUCCCAGGCCAGCACGGCCUUGGCCAACAGCACAGCCGAGUAUGAGAGCCUGGAGAGCGAGGUGUCCGCGCUGCACGACGACCUCUGGGAGCAGCUCAACCUGGACAUCCAGAAUGAGAUGCUCAACCGGCAGAUCCAGAAGGAGAUCUGGCGCAUCCAGGACGUGAUGGAGGGGCUGCGGAAGAACAACCCGUCGCGCGGCACGGACACAGCCAAGCACCGAGUGGCCGCAGGUCCCUCGGGCACGUACAGCUCCACCAGCCCCGCCAGCCCCCUGAGCUCGGCCAGCCUCACCAGCCCCCUGAGCCCCUUCUCGCUCGUCUCCGGCUCCCAGGGCUCGCCCACCAAGCAGGGACCCGGCGAGCUCCUCUGCUCUCACGCCUCUCGCUCCUCUCCGCCCCAGGAACCGGGCCCGCCGCGACCUCCCCUUCCCAAGUCCUACGUUCCCCUGGAGUCUCCUCCGACGGUUCCUCCGCUGCCUAGCGAGGGCCGCCUCUGGCCGUACCCCACCUCCCCUUCCUGGCAGCCGGGCACCGAGGCGCAGAGGGGACAGGUACCGAAACGUCACCGCAGCGCCUCGGCGCGGAGCCCCUUCCCACCCCAGGGCCACCGUCCCCUCCGAGGGUGGCAUGUGGCACGGGGGGACUUGCUGCUCCUGCUCGUGGGCAUCGUCCCCCCCAGAACCAAGUCCCCGGCGAAGGAGGAGGCGGCACCGGUGCCCAGCGUGGUGCGGAGGAGCGCCAGCAGCGUGGCCAACGGGCUCGGCUCCCGGGAGAGGCCGAAGAGCGCCGUGUUCGCCACCGAGACGAAGGCCAAGAUGAGCGUGGAGGAGCAGAUCGACCGCAUGAAGCGGCACCAGAGCGGCUCCGUGAAGGAGAAGCGGAGAAGCCUGCAGCUCCCGGGCGUCCAGCAGCCCGAGGGUCCCCGCGCUCCGGCCUCCUACAAGGUGGUGCGCCGGCACCGCAGCAUCCACGAGGUGGACAUCUCGGACCUGGAGGCCGCGCUGCGCUCCGAGGAGCCCGACAAGGUGUACGAGACGCCGCGUGAGGAGAUCGCCCGGCUGCGCAAGAUGGAGCUGGAGCCGCAGCACUACGACGUCGACAUCCACAAGGAGCUCUCGACGCCGGACAAGGUCCUCAUCCCCGAGCGCUACGUGGAACUGGAGCCCGACACCCCGCUGAGCCCUGAAGAGAUGAAGGAAAAGCAGAAGAAGGUGGAAAGGAUAAAAACCCUCAUUGCCAAGUCCAGCCUGCAGAACGUGAUCCCGCUGAGCGAGAGCGAGGUGGACGCCCCGCCGGACCCGGAGACCCCGCUGCAAGAGCAGGAGAAGAGGCCCCCAGCCCCCCCGACCCCACCGACCACCCCCCUCUCGUCCGAACCAUCCCGGGGCGCCGACAACAGCCAUUUUAUGCGUGUCUGAGCCGGACCGCAAGCCCUGGCUGCUGCCACUGCUGGCAAGUUCCAUGGGGCCACGUUUUAGCCCCCCAGCACGGCACGACACCGAA